AUGGCGCAGCCAUCCUCGAGCUCCAAAGUCACAGUCGAAUACUCUGAUCCGUUUGGUGUUUACCAGCUUCUGUCACCCGGUCUACUACCACGACUUCCUCUCCGAAACCUCUACUGGGAAUCACACGCCGGGCCUCUGAGAUCAAUCUCGUCCCUCCACAUCGACCUAGUCCCUGACGACCAAACCUUGCAGCCACCUCAGUCUGUAGAUGCUGGACCUACGAGUGCAUUGAAUACAUCGAGAGUGAAAAGUGAGGAUUCGACUUUGAGUGGCGACGAUGGCUUUCGAACACAGGCAUUGGGUACAGCGGCGGCAGAAAAACCAGAAUCACGGUCGGGGCCACCAAAACAUGUCGCCAGGGAGCGCAGGCAUCAGAUCCCAGGAUUACGACAGACGCCAUACUUGAAAGUGUUCUUUUUACGAUGCGACGAUAAUGAUACAUAUAAGGCGCAGGCCCGGCGGCAAGUCCGAGAGUGGAUCAAGGAGCAUACACCACCGACGCAGAGUACUGCGAAGGUUACUGCACAAGAGAAUCACGAUGCAUACGAAUGGUUAAUUGUUCAUGUAAUUGUACCGAAUACUGCGGCCGCAACGCAGCCUAGAACGAGCGGGAAAGGGGCCGAAGGGAGUUCGGGGUCCACUUCAGAUAAAUCAUCGACGCGAUGGAGGGGAGGGGGCUCAUCAACUAUCCUGGAGAAGCUACGGGCAGACUUCAAUGGCUCUUCCAAGUCCUCGGUUGAUCGUAUUGCACAGAUUCGCAUUGGUAUCAACGAUGUUCCUUAUGAUAUGCUCCCAAGAGUGGUUCCAGCUAUCCCGGGCUCAUAUACCGAGACACCGCAAGAGAAUGAGAAUGCUUGGCAUGACUUUAUCUCCAAGUUGAAAUCGCAGAUUCUUUCUUCAUUUGACAUGCGCGUCACUCAGUACGAAGAAGACAUCCGGGAGAAGGAUGCUCAGAGAUCACUCCCAGGAUGGAACUUUUGCACUUUUUUCAUGUUAAAGGAAGGUCUCGCGAGAGGCUUUGAAAGCGUGGGACUCAUCGAAGAUGCACUUGUGGGAUACGAUGAGCUUGCAAUGGGCCUCGAUUUCAUCGUCAGGGAACAAUCUGCUACAGGGUCUGGUGCAGAACAUGGAGGAUCUUUCUUGCCCUUUACAGAGAAUCUGAAGCGGCGAGCUGAGAAGGCGAGAACUGAUAUUCUUAAAGAUUCAGGUUCAGAUCAAAUUGAUGAGACUGAUGACCCUAUCGAUCUUCAAUCUGUGGUCGAUACGUCCGAUCACGAUGCCGAUGAGAUCCCAUUGAGCGCAACCAAAAAACGGUAUCGAGAGCUCAUACUCUCGAAUGACAUCUCGAUUUUUGACUUCCGUUGUUACAUUUUUGCGCGUCAACUCACGUUGCUACUUCGGCUCGCCAACGCGUCUUCCUCGCAAGAGGAACUUCUUGCAAAACUCAAAGAGCAGCGGGAGUCAAGUCUACAAGGGGUCGCUGCGCGGCGACCUGCUUCUCAGCCCACUGAGGAUGUCGAGAACCUCUCUGUUCUUGGCGAGGUGUGUCGAAGAUCCAUGGAUUUCAUGCCAUCAAUAUCACGCAUCAUGCGAGAAGAUAUCUGGAACUCCCGAAGAACUAACAAGCAGGCUAGAGAGGAUGCUGGCUCCGACUCUCUGGAUCCUGUCAUGGACCAAGUAAUUGACAACAUGGUAAUUUCGUUUAUAUUUGCCAUAGCUCAGCAAAUACUCGCCCAAACUUCCACGAAAGCGCUACCGAUUCCUCCAUCUACGUUGGCUCCCCCUAGUGGAACUAUGAGUAUUGGUGGGCAAGAGCCCAAGGCCAGUAUACCCGAGCCAAAGACGAUGAUGCAUCCUACUAGAAGCAGCUCUCUAGCCCUGCGAUCCAGAUCACGAGAACCACCAGCAGUAGAAAAGUUCCCUGGCAUGCGGAGAGCAAGUGUACCAGAAGGAGCCGCUCCUUCGACAUUCCUGAAGGCUGGUUUGGAGGAACUGGCUGCGCAUAGAGCCGAGCUCUACCUCUUAUCAAGAAGCAUUCUGGUGCAAGUUGGCAAGGAACAUGGGUGGAGCGUUGGUUGGGCAGAAUUGUCCCAAUUGCAAGGCAACGAUGUCGGAGAGAUGGAAGAAGUUGACCUAAAUCAAGAUUCAUCUAAAGUUCCGAAGACGCCCGUCCUUCCGCCCUCUUCCCACGGAAUUGAUAGCAAAUUGCUCUACACUGCGGUUGACAAUCAAGCUGAUUUCUAUCGACUCUAUGAAACCUUGAUAGACAAGGCACUUCGGCACUAUACCGUAGCUAAUCAUCUGCAAUCUGUCCAGGCAAGCACGGCUGAUCUUGCUGUCCUCAAGUAUCAUCUUGGAGAUUAUGCCGCGGCGGCCUCGUAUCUAUAUCGCAUGACUCCCUUUUAUGGCGAAAAUGGCUGGGCACAGGCCGAGCUUUCGAUGCUUGUGAUGUAUGCAACAUGCCUUAGAAAGCUUGAGCGUAAAGAAGAGUAUGUCAGGGUCGUGCUGAAGCUACUGUCGAAAGCCGCGGUGGUAGAGCAUGACAGACUUCUCCAAAAGUCUGCCUUCAAAAUUUGUCAGAGCAACCAGUUCGACCUGGAUGUUUUGCCAAACGGUCCAUACCUCCCUGGGCUACUAGAGACCACCAAAGGAUUGCAGCAUGAAUUCCGUGUGCCGUUACAGAACUUCUGUGAUAGAAUCGAGGUUGAUGGUACUAUCAGAUACCACACUGAAAAGGACAGUUUUGGGCUUCUGCUUCGAUUUCAUUAUUUGUUGACAGAUGAACUACCGAUCGAAAAGGCCAAAGUCCAAAUUACACCACUGAGCGGUGCCUUGAAUAGAGAACUAUGGCUCGAAAUGCAGGGCCAAACCAUUCUUAGGAAAGGUACAAUGAGCUUGUCCGUGCAAAGCAAUGUUAUCUUCCCAGGCACAUACACUGUGAGCCAUAUCAUUCUGCAGAGUAACAAUCUUACUUUGCAUUAUGAGCACGGCAGUGCAAAUAUUCCCUCUACCAUGGUUUUUAAGUGCCCGAAGCUUCUUAUCUAUCACAGAUCUGAGGCAUUCGAUGCCAAGCUUUUCGCAUCUAGGUACAUGCAUCUCGAUCGCAAUCGUUCGCUCGAAAUUGAGCUCUCAUCCGGGUGGAAUAAGGUUACCAGCGGCGAGCUCCAGGUUCGAGCUGCCACUGCGGGACUAAGAGUACAGACCAGCGAAGCCAAAGUAAACAGUGGCUCUCUUGAACUUUCAAAAAAUACGGAAACUGGCGUUGUACGAUUUGGUCCAAUGGAGCCUGCUUCUAGUGCGAAGAUCAUCAUGCCAUUCAGUCUCGAGCACGAAGUGAACGAUAUCUCUUUGAAGUUGGAGAUAUCGUACACAACUGACAGUGGGUCGUUUUUAUUCGCCACGACCCUAUCGGUAUCCAUCAUGCUCCCGCUGGGAGUAAACGUUCAGGACGUCUUUAAACACAAAGCUCUGUUGUCGAAGUUUACCAUCUCCACGGCCACUUCUACGCCGCUGCGCUUGCUGGGCUCCAAGCUAGAAGGUUCCAAAGUGUUUGAAGCGCAUUCUGGGGUCACGAUAUCUAGGCCACUUGUUGUGUUUCCACGCCAACCUGUUUCGAUGCUCUACAAGAUCACUAAGUCGAUUACACAGCCGGGUCCCCAUUCUCGCAGCGGAGUAAAGUCCUCUUUAUCGCUCGUUCUCAAUUAUAUAUGCCUCGAUGAGGAAAUAGAGGACGCCAUUACUUUGGAUCUCAAUCGACUACUGGACUCAGGCUCGUUACAGCAAUACAAGCGACUCAUAAUAUCGACCGUUCUUGCUGAAGUACGAGCAACGCUUUCAUCCUACGAUUUUGAGCGGAUAGCCAUUCUUAGUGAAUUCUCCACUUCCAUCAUUUCGUCCGUGAGGUGGCGGGACCAUUUUGACGGUCUCGGCCAAGAGCAGAAUCAAGAUGUCGCCAUCCUCAUCGAGCAAUGUCUGCAGAAAUGGCAGGAUCAGACGCCAAGCCUUCCGUUGAUACCUAUAUCCAUCACAGACGACAUUAUUAGGAAGAGCCGAUCAAUCCUUAUUCCCGUCGAUAUUCCUUCUGUGACGGUCGUGUGCACUGCCGACCUUAAACUUCCUCGGCCCUCUGUUUCUACCAGUCCAAUCGUGGUGGCCUCCAACCAACCUCUUUCAGCCUCGCUGGCGGUCAAAUACUCGAGAUUAUGGGAUACUGCUCCGGAAUCAAACGGCGGAGCUUCUUCAGACGACUACCACGAGUUCUUCUACGAAGUUUCGGGUGCUACCGAUACUUGGCUGAUUGGUGGCAAGCGAAAAGGCCACUUCAGAAUACCCAGCAAAGCCUCAAGCUCAGAUAGCAAACGAACGCUCAAAUUCCCAAUCGUGUUAGUACCAUUGCGAGAAGGUUAUUUGCCGUUUCCGCACGUGGAUAUCAAGUCUGCGGUGAGGUUGCUCAGCCCUACCUCUGCUGAAGCAGGGAGCCCGACGAAGAAGGCUGCGGUGGCGAGUUGCGAGACGGACUACAAAAAUGCUGGAGAGACUAUGAGGGUUAUCAGCGAUGCGUUGCAGACAACUCUCAGUCUCGAUGCGAGUGGGCCACAGGGAGGCGCCUGGCUGCUUGAGAGUGCGAGGAGGGGUUUUGGGCAUGGGGAAGCUGCUCCUGGGGUCUAA